CAUUAUCCGCAAGCAAAUGUGUUUAUUAACACUUUAUGUAACAUAAACAUUAAACAGUUCGGCAUAACUUGUGGAAGAGAGAAGGUAAAAUAACCAGGAGGAAGUAAGAAGCGGUAUGGCACCUAAGGUUGAAAGAAUUACUGAAAUUGAAACGGUUGAACUAGGAGAAGGGCCACACUGGGAUGCAGAGACCCAGAGUCUUUAUUUUGUAGAUAUUUUUGGAAAGUCUAUACACAAAUAUGUACCAGUAACAAAAAAACACACAAAAGCAGUUAUCGGAACCAAUCAUGUGUCUCUUAUCAUCCCUGUUCGAGGAGAGAAAGAUAAAUUCCUCAUCAGUAUUGGAAGAGAAUUGGCAAUUGUGACUUGGGAUGGGGAGAGCGAGAAAGUUUCAAAUGUGCGUAAAUUAUUUGAAGUGGACAACGAUCCAAACACCAUAGACAAUAGAUUUAAUGAUGGAAAAUGCGAUCCCUCAGGACGAUUGUGGGCAGGUAAUGUAUCAUCUGAUUAA